AUGGGCCUAGUUUGGUGCCAACGUGCCUGCUUCCAAGGAAAUAUUCUCCCACCAUUCACAGUGCUCACCAAGGGCACGCAGCAGGAGACGGUGGGAAAGUUCGUGGCGAAGCCUGUGGCUCUGUUUUCGUACCCACCUGGUGUAUCCACCUUUGGAUGUGGCUUGGAGUUGGCCUUCAGAGUCAACUUCACCUUUGCUCUCAUGCCCCAGUCGGGUACUGCUUGGAGCAUAGCCGUGGUAUUUGACACGCUUCAGGAUGAUGCGGGUGAGCAGCACGUGGGGCUGAGCAUCAAUGGUGCAGAGGAACCCUUCGUCAAGGAGGUGUCACCGUUCGCUUUCACUGAUGGCAAUUCAUACACUGUGUGGGUGGACUACGAGCCUGGAGAUCCCAGCACCAUUCAAGUGUUCCUGGCAAACUCAAACGUGAAGCCAGUGGAGCCGCUGCUGCAGAGGAAUGUGUCGUUGUGUGCGGUGCUGCAGCCUGGGGUGAAGCAUCUGGCAUUCUCGUUUGGAUUUGUGGCGUCCACCACUGUGAAGCCCUUCCAGCUGCAUGGCAUUCUCUUCUCCUCUGUGCAAAUAGGCAAGGCUUUUUUGGGGCAGGUCGUUCUUGAGAAAGAUGCGUGCUGGGCGUAUGCGGUGGUGGCGAGUGUGGAGGCGGCAUACGGCAUUGCAAAGCAGCAAAGCGCUCCCCGGCUGGCAGUGGAGGCGCUCUUCACCCUCAUGGGGCUCUCCGACUCCGACAAGUGCUCUGCUGGCGGCUCCCCCACCCACGCCCUUGAGACGCUCGUGGCUCUCGAUGCCACCAGUGGGCUCCCUGGUGCCAGCGACCCUGUAGGCCUUCUCCAAUCUCACUCCCAACCCCCACCCCACCUUUUCCCAUCCAACAAUGCUGCGAUCUCGUGGCCCCAGGCAACAACGUACCCGGUGCAGGCUUUUGAGCGAGCGCAGUUCAAGGGGUAUGUGGGGCUCAUGCUGGCAGUGCAGCGGCAGCCAGUGGUGGUUCACGUCGAGGCGUCUGCUCCAACCUUCAUGCAGUAUGAUGGGGAUCCUGGUUGCUACACGGGCAGUCUCAACCAUGUUGUACUCGUUAUUGGCUACUUCAUCACAAGAAACGAUGGCAGCCAGAACCGCAUUGCGCCUCCGUUUUGGAUCAUCCGCAACUCCUGGGGAGAGGAGUGGGGCCAAAGGGGACAUAUGCGCAUGGACAUUCAGGGAGGGGAUGGCGUGUGUGGCAUCAACGUGCUGCCUGGCAUCUACCCCAUUGUGAAGAGUAAGGCAUCUACUACCCCACUGGAAAGAGCAAGCCAUAUCUACACUGUCAUCGUUCCAGGGGACCCUUGUGGAGAAAGCAGCUACAAGGGCGAUGGGGAUUCGCAGCCCAGCAUGAACCCGUGCGGCCGGUUCCAGUGCCAGGGGACGGCAGCAAGCAGCAACUACUGCACCUGCAAUAUUCCCACGUCCACUGUGCAGCCUUUUGUGGAGGUGCGUGCCACAGAGAGUGAGGACAAUGAGGGCAUCGACUGCAGCCAGCCAUUGCCCAAGGGCAGUGUCCUUCAGCUGGAUGGUACUCCCGCCACACCCUGCACUGCCUUCUUCUACUCUCUCAAUGACCAUGACCUCAGCAUGGCCUUCUCACACAUCGCAAGCACCAAGUGUCACUUUGCCUGCUUCUCUCCAACCAUCCAGGGGGACACCUGUGCAUCCAUCACUCCAGUGCUCAGCCUGAAUGAGGCAAGUCUCGCUGCGCUCAACCCCGGCCUUGACUGCUCCGAGUCCAUCAAGGCGGGCCGUUCUGUGUGCCUCGAGCGCAAUGCUACCUUUGCCUUCACCGUGCCUGAGUGUGUCCGAUACGGCACGCUCACACCUCAAGACACAUGCGACCGGCUGAUUCAAAGGACCAGCAAUUCACAAGGGGGCGCCAGUGCCAGUGAGAAAGCAUGGGCUGCGCUGUAUCGCAACAAUCCCGGCCUCACUUGCUCUGCUACCAUCCCUUCCUCUGCCUCCGCUGUCGGCACUAACAUUGGUGUGCAGGUGAGGAUUGUGAGGGCUGGGGGGAGCGACCUUGGGGAUGGGGGGAAAAAUGCAAGGUAG